GAAGAUGAAAACAACUUUUGGACCCUGUAAAAUGAAAAAGUGAAUCACCUAACAUUUUUUUUUGGUUGGUAAGCCAGGAAAACGACUCGUAACAGAUUACCAUUUUAUGAAUUAAUGAAUUUAGCCGUUUAAUUUUAGGCCUACUUAUAUUAAACUGAAUAAUAUUUGGCUAUAUUUAAUUUAUAUUAAUUAUGAUAAAAUUUAAAUGGUUAAAUUAAGACACUUCUCACUUGAUUAUGAGAAGUAUCUUAGUCUUAGUCCUUAGUUUAUAUUAAUUAUAUAGUUAUAGUAUAGUAUGUGACAUCCUGAUAAUGGGGCCAAUAAGGGUGUCUAAAUUUUAUGACAUAUUUGACUAAGUGGGAGUGGGGAUUAUAAAAAAAUCAACCGAAAUAGCGGGACAUUGGUUAAGAAUUGGUUAAGAAUGGCCCCUAUGCCGCCUAUGCCCUAUGACUAUGUGACAUGUGACAUUGAAAUAGCAUUAUUAAUUAUAAUAAUCAUAGUGUUAGUGUAUACCUACAUGUAGACAUGGUAAAAUUCAUAUAUUGGGGCAGUCAAACCAACCUGAAACCUCAUUAUCACCGGACAUUUUUAUUGAAUGUUUACUAGGACUACGUAAUAGCAGCAGUCAGUUGGCUGAGUAGGCUGUUCAUUAGAUCACCACAGCCUAAAGAAUAAGAAUAAGAAGUCUUACUUAUAAUGUCCUAUAUAAUUUUAUCAUUUUUGUGACACGUUGAGGCAUAUAUAAUAGGCAUAUGUAUGCCUAAAAUAAUAGAUAGUAUAGGUGCUAUAAUAAUAUUAUUUCUAAGGCAAGGAUUCAAGAAUUUGAAUCUUAAUUGUGGGACCAAAAAAUAUCUAUGAAAUUCAGAUUUAAAAAAUUAUUAAACCAGGGUAAAGCAUUAUUAAUGCCAGAAUAAAUUACAUGAUGUUUGAUCUCAGUGCUUUCCAAACUGUGUGUCAAGACACAGUUGUUUCUUGCCUGCAAGGUGUAGAUUUUUCAUGUGACAAUGAGCCAUGCCCAACAUUCACAUAUUUUUAAGACUUAUAACAGACCACUUUAAAUGAAUUAAAAACAAUUAUUCACAAAAUGGUAAAUUAUAUUAAAAGCAGACCUCUUCUCUCGAGAUUAUUUGCAAAUAUUUGUAAAGAAAUGGGGUCAAAAUUUAAAAAGCUGACAUACACACAGAAGUUUGUUGGCUUUGAUAAGGUCGAGUGCUUGUAGGAAAUUGUGGAAAAUGAUGAUUAUAUUUCUUAAGAAAAACAAUCAAAAUGAAUUUUGGGAUUUAAUUCAAGGCAAGUUUUGUGCACAAAAUUGCAGAAGUCAGGAACUUGUUGACUUAUUUAUCAAAUAAAAUAAACACCAACAUGUUUUAAAAAAAAGGGAGAAAAUAACAGCAUUAUAUCAAAUUCAGGUUAUGUUAUGAUACAAGAUAUUGAUUGGGAAAUGGAAAGUGAAAGACAAAAAAUUGGAGAAGUGUUCCACAACAGCUGAGUGCGAUCUAAAAUGUCAUAGUGUGCUUGUUGUGGAUAAUUUGACAUUGCUAUUUACACUUUAAGUAUGUGCCCCAUGUCUUAUAAUGGAUUAGUUAAACCAGCAAAACCAACUUACUGUGUCACAAAAUGAUGUUUGUCUAAAAAGUGUGUCCCCAACAUGAAAAGCAUUGAAAGUACUGUUUUAUUUUAGCAGAAUACUUGCUGUAGGAAUCAGUUUAAAGUUUAUUAAGCUUCUAUCUUGUCUAUACUAUGAGUGUUUCUCAACAUUUUAUUUUGAAAUAUCAUGGCAGAUGAUAAGUUGAUUUUCAUAUGUAAAACCUCAGGUGCUAUACUUAUUGCUUAUUUGUCAAUAAUAAUUUCUCUAUAAAUACUUGAAUAUUUGACCUGAUGUUAUUAGGAUACUCUUAAUGGAAGGACGUAUGCACUUCAUUCUGCUUGCUAUUGCGAAGUCUCACCGUCUAAAAAUCCAAUGUUUAAAUAUAUGACAGAGUCGUGGUUUGAUGUAUUUUAAUUUUAUCCCCCCCAAAUUUUAAGACAAUUUUCCCAGCCCUUGAAAUGUAUAUUUAGGAAAUAGCAAAUUAGACUUUCCUUAUUUAGAAAGUAUUAUCCAUGAAUAGAUGUUAACAUUUCUAUCAUCAUUGGGUUUAAGAAAUUUGUAUCUUCUAUAUAAUAUAGGCCUGCCCAUAGGCAGAUUGUGGGAUAGCGUAGACCUGGGUGCUUUGGAUGAAUCUGCCCGGACUCAUGGGAUUUAUUAACCAUUCAUAGGAAAGUUUUAAUUGGCCCGAGUCUCUAGUAUAAAUCAAGGUGAAAGUAUAUGCUUAAUAAAUUCAUUUUUCUUAUAUUAAUACAAAUAAAAUAUCUAAAUAUGAAAAACUGUUAGAAAAUUCAUUAGUGAGAGAUACCGAUAACAAAAAUAUCAUGGAAUUAUUGAUCAUAGGUAUUUGAAAAUAUUACAAUAUAUCUUCUAUAUAUCUUCUAUGAUUUGUCAGGGUAUCAAUUAUUUGUACUUCUGACAAAUUUACUGUAAUGUCUGGUUCACAGUUCACAAGUAUUAAUGCUUCCUUUGUAUGCUAGAUAAAGUUGAUCUCAAUCGAUUGUUCAAAUUUCAAUUUUGAGAAAAUUUGUUGGUAUGGAACUUGGGAUAUUGGAAGAGUCAGUAAAAAUGUAUAAGAAUUACAUGGUGACCGGACAACUGAACGCACGACAGGUGAACCUACGACAACUGAACCCAAGACAACCGAACCCAUGACAAGUGAACCCACGGACAAGUGAACCCACGGACAAGUGAACCCACUGACAACUGAACCCAUAGACAACCGAACGCACGACAGGUGACCACAAAAAUAAAUUAAUAAUAAAAGGAUAAUUCAUGGAGGCCAAAAAUUUAUUGGAAAAAUUCCCUGGUAAUAAAUAAAAAAGUCUGAAAAGACAUUAAUUUAUAUUCAUUAUAACUCUUCUAAGCACGUUUGUUUUAGAAAAUAAUUAUUUCGAAUAGUUGAGCAAAGCUAUAUUAUAGGAUUACGGAUAGGCCUACUAUUUAAUAUGUAUCAAUUCAAUUAUAAAUUAAUGAAAACUCAAUAAAAAUCAACAACAUUCUUAAAAUAUCCCGAAUAGUAUGAUAUGAUUCUGGAAAGUAUGUCUUGAGGCAGGUAAAAAAUGUAAAAAUACCACUUUAUUUUUUGUGUAGUAGCGGAGAACCCGAAUUUCAAAAUAUGGAAAGGAUAAUUAAAAUUAAGCUUAGGGUUAGGGCCUACUUGUCUACAACAAUACUGUCGAUAGCAUUGGGCAGUACGCUCAUCAUAUUAUAGGCCUAUACGUAUAGGAAUACAUUUCAUUAUCAGAGUGUCCGUAAGUUGACAUUUCUUGAGAAGAACAAAUACCUCAAUCUAAUUCUAAUUGCAAAAUUAAAAUAAUUUGCCAAAUAUAUUAUUACUCGUUUUUUAAUCAUUUUUUUAAGCUGCAACGCUUUGCAGAGAAAAAAUAUUUUUUAAAGCUAAUUUAACCAAUGAAACUAAUUAUAAAAAUAUAUAUGUAUUUAAUCAGUUGAAAAUUUUACGUGGUACGUUUUCUAAGCGUUUCGGCAUUUAUAAAUUUAAUACAUAUUCUAUUCUAUUUUAUUAUUUUUGUGGUCACCUGUCGUGCGUUCGGUUGUCUAUGGGUUCAGUUGUCAGUGUGGUCACUUGUCUGUGGGUUUACUUGUCCAUGCAUUCACUUGUCAAGGGUUCGGUUGUCUUGAGUUCAUUUGUCGUAGGUUCACCCGUCGUGCGUUCAGUUGUCUGGGAACUGAAUUACAUAUAUGAAUCUGAAAAUCCAUUAUGCUUCUGCAUUAUGAUAUAGCAACAUAAGGCUCAAUUCUUACAAGUACUAAUAUGUUCAAUAGUCACGUUUGUUCUGAUAAAUUCUGAAUCCAUAUUCCCAUUAUUUUCAUUAUUGUGCUCAUUGGUUAUUUAUUACUUCUAGACUAAUUUCAGUGUCUUCUCUUAAGGCCUUUUUUCAAAUGGUUAAUUUAGAAGUAAAAUCUAGAAUUUCUUUACGAAUUCUAGUUGCCCUCGCUACGGUGUUGAAUCUCAAACAUAUAGUUGAGAAAUUGAAAAGUUUCAUGCAAGACUACAUCAAGUUUAUUGAAAUUCCUCAGAUUGAUGCUUGCCAUAUUUGCAGCUAUUUUGCCAUUUCCUGUAAAAUCGUUUUUGAAAAUUAUUCAAACUAUCUUAAAAUCCAGAUCAUUUCUGUUAACAUGAAGAUUUUUAAUUGAAUUUGUUUCUUCAUAAAAUUUGCAAAAAUUAUAAUUUCUAUCAGAUUAUUAACUGUUGUUUUAGAUAGAAGUGUGAUUCUCAAUCACAAUUUACUUUUUUGAUAAUGUCGACAUCUCUUUAUUGGUCAAUGUAAUUUUACAAUAUAGUGUUGAAUUCUUAUCCCAAGUGGAAUAUUUGUAAGAAAAUGCUAAAAUUCAGGCUUGUUUUCAGGAAUAGUUUUGCACUUUUUUCACAAUAACCACAACCCUAACCACGCUUACUAAUCAGUUUUGUUACUCUGUUAAUACUAAUUAAGAUCUGGUGGUGUCUAUCAACUUCUUCAUAGUGCAAUCGUUGGGUUCACUUUUCUGCAGCAAGCAAUUAUUUAUUCUUAGUACAAGGCAAGCAGUGCCACAUAUUGUUAUGAGAUCAAAAUAUCUUUAUGUUAGACUUUAUGUUAGAUCACCCCAAAAUUCAUUCUAUGGAAAAAAUGUGGAAAAUCUCGAUGUCCUUAGUUUCAAAGAAAAUUGUAUCCACUAUUUUCCUUGGUAUUCAUUUUGAAGUAUGGGCAUGAUUAUGUAAUUGAAAAUGUGAUGUUUGUCAUUCGCACGUAAAUAUGACCAGGGCAAUUUUUGACUUGAGUGUAGCCUUGACUUGAGAUGUAUUUUGUUUAAAGUGAGGGAGAAUUGUUCAAUUCAUCAGCCUCACUCUUUCGUCCUUGCCAAUUUGAUCCAAUGGCAAGAUCUAGUCAAGACAACUGGAAAUAGACCAGGAUGCAGUAGAUGACUGGCAUUGAGUGUAUAUGUUUCACUGUGCUCUUUAUGUGUUCUAUGUCGCAUAAGCUGUCGGAAUUUUCAUUGUGUCAAUGUCAUACCCCCAAUGUCAUUACUGUAAAUGGAAAAAUCUUGUAGACACCCUAUGCCCUGGGAGUGGGUAAAAGGCAUAAGUUUGUAAGUAAGUAAUGUCAUAUUCCUAGGGGCCUCCUUCUCCGGGUUUGAUUUCAGACUUUGCCUUCUCUUUAAUUUUAAAACUAUCAAUAUAUAAAUUUCCGGUGUGUAACAUAUUUAGGCAUUAAGAUAUUGCUAUAGUUUCAAAAUAUGCCCACCCCUGCUGUGGUGUAUCUUGUGCUGCCUGGGGUAAAUCCAAAAUUCAAAGCCCUUCCCCCAAAUACAAUAUUUUAUUACAAUUUCAAUAAACAUAAAGAAAAGCACCUAUGGGAUGCUAACCCCCAAGAGGUGCCACCACACACUUUUUGCAUGAGCCUAAUCUAUAUUAGCAUUCUAUUAGAGACCCCCCCCCCCUUUUUUUUUUCACCACGCAAUGUACAUUUGCUUUUAAAACAAAUUGUCAAUACACAUUGCUGUAUAUUUAAAGAAUAUGGUUAUUUAAUUUUUAAAUUAAAAUCCAUACCGCAGUUCAGAUGUGUAACUUAAUUGGGUUUGAAGAUAUCAAUAUUAAAAUGCCCCUCCCCCCUUCCAAUUUUCUUCGCCCUUGGAAUGUAUAAACAGAAAAUGGUAAAAUACAUAGUUGUAAUUUUAUUUUAAAUUAUCUAUAUACCAAUAUCCAAGUCUGUAAAGUUUUGGGGUUUUGACAUAUGUUUUGAUGGAAACGACGUCACCUAAAAUGGAAACACAUGUUAUUCAAGUAAAGAACACACAUUUGCAUGCUGUUGAGUGACAUUUUUGCAAAUUUAAUUCUUCGCACUAUUAGCACUAUUAAAUAGAGCGUAACUCAAUGACAUGGUUUGUUCUUGUAUGUUAGGAGAUAGUGAAUCUGUGAUUGUAACUAAUCACACAAAUGUAUGAAGAAAGGUGCAAUGAAUCUUACAAUCCAAUUUAAAGAUUAAAAUUUUGUUUUUUUUGACAGUUGCUUACACCAUGGAAGAAUCAAGGGGGCCAGUAGAAACUUGGUCUUGUGAUGAUGUUGGUUGUUGGUUGGAAGAAGUUGGACUGAAAAAAUACUCAGAAUUAUUUAGAAACAUACAUCAGAUUGAUGGCCGAGUUCUUAUGUGUUUGACAGAAAAAGAUUUACGAGAUGCUCCGCUACAGCUGACCGUUCUAGGGGAUAUCAAGCGAUUGUCUCUCUAUAUCCAAGAGCUGCGCUCACAAAGUCAACAGUCUUCAUCUCUUCAACUUAAGCACAACAAUGCAAGUAACCGAUUAGAAGGGAAAGGAAAAAAUAAGCAAAAAGCUGUGCUCAGUCCGUCAAGUCCACCAAGGUACAGAGGAAGCGCUAGGGAAGAAAGUACUGAAUCGGAAGAUGUUGAUACUUCAUUCAGCAACUCUGGAAAUGUUAAUUUACAUGAGAAAUAUUCAAACAUUGAAACCAACAAGGAAAUACCUCUGGAAUUAUGGAAAACUGUGCUUUCAUUUGUUUAUGUUUUUGCAGUAUUUAUGCUGACAGCAUUUGUCAUGGUGGUGGUUCAUGAUAGGGUGCCGGAAAUGGAUAAAUAUCCACCAUUGCCGGAUCUGUUCCUCGACAAUAUGCCUUAUGUGCCGUGGGCAUUUGAUGCCUGUGAGUUGGUCGGUGUCAUAUUAGGAUGCAUGUGGUUCACUCUGCUCUUCUUUCACAAACAAAGGUAUGUUUUAAUUUAAUGCCUCUACCUAAAGUUGUUAGUGCAUGUAAUCAUGAUAUGGGAUGAAUUGGAUGGUUUAUUUUUAAUUUAACAAACAAUCAUAUGCUUUUAUGUGAAAAGUGUGUUUGCCAGCAUUGGUUUAGUAAGUUAUCAAAAUUUAAAAAAAUUAUUACAGAUUUACAUUGGUUUAUUGGGUAUUAUUAGGAAUAGGAGAAAUGCUUUGUAUUAAUUUUUAUUUUUAAGUGUAUAUUUUAAAGGAAAAUUCUUAAGAUUUCUGGUUCCAGCAGUUGUCAUUGUCAGACAGUAACUUGUUAAAAUGCUUAAUUGGUAUUUUUGUUUCAGAUUUGUUUUGAUGCGAAGAAUGUUCUCAUUGACAGGCACAAUAUUUCUACUUAGAUGUGUGACCAUGUUAAUUACAUCUCUCUCUGUGCCUGGCAAACAUCUACAGUGUAGCGGAAAAGUUAGGAAUUUAUAUUUUUUUAUUUGAUUUCUUUUUUUAUAGAUAUCAAAAUCCCUUUUUCGUUAGCAUUCACGUUUUAAAUUUAUUUCAAAAUAGAUCGUAUUGAUUUUUUAAUUUUAGGUUAUUCUUCUUUAAUAAACAUAUUAUAUUCACUUGUAAUUGUUCUAAAAAAAUAGAUAGCUGAAAAGAAAAAAUGACUGUCAAACUUUUUCCAUGAAAAAAAAAAAAGAUAAAAAUGUAAUGCAUUAUAAAAAAGAAAGAAGCUAUAGACUUUUAAAGUUUGAUCAAGUUCAGAGCAUUCAUUUUUUCUGUCAUUUUUAAUGUUAUAAUUUUGAAUGUCUACUUCAGAGAUAUGCUGAUAUCUAUACACGCCUUGAAAGAACUUUUGAAAUUUGGAAAGGAAUGGGGAUGUCUCUACAGGGUGUACGUUCUUGUGGAGAUUACAUGUUUAGUGGACAUACCUCUAUAAUCACACUUUUCAAUUUUUUUAUCACAGAAUGUAAGUAAUCCUUUUCUAAGUACUGUAGAAAUGGAAAAAAAAUUGUUUUUAUUUAGAAACAAAUCAGUGUUUAAAAAAAAUAUAUUUCUUUGAUUUUUAUUUUCUAUUUAAAAAAAAUACUACAAGUUAACUCCUGCUGAAACUGUUUUAAAGUUAAUUUCACACAGACUUAAAGUUCAUGUAAUUUAUUAUUAUUUUCAUGCACAUAAUGCUGCACAUGAAAGUACAAAACAGUUUUACAGUUAAUUGUAGAAUUCACGCAAAUCAGUUUAUUUUUAUGUUAAAUGAAUUAAAGAAAGCAACACCAUUUACUUUUCAAGUCUAUUUGUAGUACCUCUUCAGCCAUAUAUUUGUCCUAAUCUAGCCUAAUAAUCACAAAACAUUUUUCUACUCAAAUUGUUUUUUAUUUGUAAAGCAUGAAAUUGAUUUUUAAAAAUUCUUUUAAUUUCAGAUACACCAAGGAAGUACUAUUUUGUCCACAUUGCAUCAUGGUGCCUUAAUUUCUUUGGUAUCUUCUUCUUAUUGGCAGCGCAUGAGCAUUACUCUAUUGAUGUUUUCAUGGCAUUCUACUUGUCAUCUCGCCUGUUCAUGUAUUAUCACACACUGGCCAACAACCGAGCCCUGAUGGCGCCAGAUGCUGGUCGGACCAGGGUUUGGUUCCCGCUCUUCUCCUUUUUCGAGUCCAAGUGUGAGGGCAGGGUGUCUAACCACUUUGAGCUCCCCUUUAAAUAUUUCUUACCAUGCUGCAAGGUCUUAUACACCUGGUUGAUGACCCACCUCCCUGGUAGCGAGGCUGGCAAAGUUUUUUUUGCCAAUAUUUCAUCAUCAUCAGAGACAAGUUCCAGUGUGACACCAAAAAAGGAGUCAUGAAAAAAAAUCUAUGUUUUUAGAUGCAACUCAGUCUCUCUCAACCUUGUAGUCAAAUAGGAACAGAAAAUAAAAGAAAUGGCAGCAGUGGAGAAUGUUUAUUGGUUAGAAAGUGAGUGUCAAAUAUUAGUGUAAGUAUAGCUUACAAGUUAGGUGUGUCAAAUGUCACCAAUGUUAUACACAUUAGUGUGCUACAGAGUUUCCUUGAGCAAAAUAAGAACUGAAUUAUAGUUAGUGGCUAAUUGCACAAUGAAGUUAAGUUUUGGGUGGAUUAUCUUCCUUCAAAUAUCUUUAUUUCCAGUGUCUUUCACUUUCAUCGGUACAGUAAGACUUUGAGGCGUCUGAUAUCAUUAAGUCUAAAUUGAAUGUGUUAACAGAGUUAUUUUAUACUUGUAUAGCCACUACUAAAGAUCAAAAUAUUGUUGAAUAUUUGCUUGCUGUUCAACAGUACUAGAGGCAUAGCAUCAUCCUUUGAUUUAUUAAAAGUCUAAUAAAAAUAACUUAAGUUUUAAACAUAGAGCUGAAUUUGCCUUACAUUAGAUAUAGUGUGUCAUUCAUAAGUAUUAUACAUAUAGCUUAGAAGUACCAUUCUUUAAACUAUCUAAAUGCUAC